AUGCUUGAGCAGAACCUCUACGACUUUCUCAAGCAGAACAAAUUUACUCCUCUACCUCUCAACAGUAUUCGUCCAAUUGUACAGCAGGUUCUUACAGCGUUGCUCAAACUGAAAUCUCUCGGCUUGAUCCAUGCUGAUCUCAAGCCUGAAAACAUCAUGCUGGUUGAUCCCACCAAUCAGCCCUUCCGAGUAAAGGUAAUCGAUUUUGGUUCGGCUAGUCACAGGAGUAAAGCGGUUACUAACACUUAUCUUCAAAGCAGGUACUACAGGUGA